AUGUUAUUUCAUUCAUCAACUAUCUUAUUCUCAACUUCUCUUAUCUUACAAUCUGUUGUUUCUUUAACUUUACCAAGUGAAUUUAUAAAACAAUCAACUCCAACACAGUUACAUUUUAAAGAACCAUCUUCUAGUUUAUCAUCUAAUCUACAUGAUGAUGAUGAAGAAAACAAUCAAGAGAAUUUAAAACAAGCUGCUAUUCAUGCAAGAGAGUUAAUUCAAUAUAGAUCAAAAGGUGUUGGAACUUUAAUAAGUACUUUUCCAAAAGAUCAUCCAGAUGAAUCACUCCAAGGCCUACCAAUCGGUCUCCAAGAAUACUUUGCACCCUACCCCAACGGAGACUUACUCCUACUCUCACUUCCCAUCUCCAACAUCUACCAUAACAUCGAAACAGACGUACCAAACCAUUCAGCAACACUUUCAAUUAAAGACGAAUUAGCUUCAAUCCAACGUCAAUCUUCUUUAUGGUCAGCUAAUUGGAGACGGAUCUCUUUGUUUGGUAAACUUGAACCGAUUGAAGAUCUUAAAGAAGCUAAAGAGUUAUAUGAACGAUUUCAUCCUGAUUCAACACUUUGGGAUGGGAAUGAUGAUGAUGCUCCACAUGUAUCUAAAUGGGUUAGGUUUAAAGUUGAAAAAGUAUUUUAUUUUGGUGGGUUCGGUGAUCGUGGUGCGAUUGGUUGGUUAGAUAUGGAACACUUUAAGAAUGAUUUCAAAAACACACCUCAAGCUGAAACUCGUUCUAGAUGUUUUCAUCCUGAAGGUCAAAAUUUGUAUUGUGAUCAACCUAACUUAGGACCUGAAAUUACUCAGAUUGAAGAAGUUGAAACUGAUCAAGAUCUCGAAGAUGAUCAAGAAGAAUAUGAGAUUGAAUUAUGGGAAGAAUUAGAUGAACCUGUCAUCACACAAAUCAUCAACAACAAUUAUAUUACUCAUCACCAUCAUCACCAUUACCGUAGCGCAGCACCCUCUUCAAUUGCAAGCAGACCUUCUGGAUCUAAUGAAAUUCUCGAAGCAAUUGAAGAAGCAGUGACAGAGAUGCGUGAAGAAUUGAUGGAAAUGACGGAUGAAAUGAUGGAAAUGACCGACGAGAUGAUGGAAAUAGCAGAUGAAAUGAUUGAAGAAAAUGAAGAUGAAUCAGAAGAGGAAGAAUCGGAUGAGAUCUUUUCAAAAGAAGAUGAAGAUGAAGUAGAAGAAUCUCAAGAUCAAGAAGAAACAGAAGAAAUUGAAAAUGAGAUGUUAGACAAAGCGUUUAAAUCAAUGGGAUUAAUUGAAAUCUUAGAUGAUUUUGUUGAUUUAACUGAAGUAGAUGAACAUCACGAUCAACAACCAACAAAAGAAGAUCAAGAAAUUGAAGAUGGGGUUAAGUUUGAAGUUGAAAUUUAA